GUCAUUUGAUUUCUCCGAUCCGUCGAAUUGAAGCCUUUAGCAGACCCGAAGCUUCGGGAGAGGAUUCAAUAUCUUUAGAGGCUACACAGGGAUAUAUCACACCGUUGAUCUAACGAAGCCGGUCAUCUGACUCUAUAGUUUUGACAAUUGCAUACAUCAUGUCGGGACUGUGUGGAGGGAAGAUGUUUCUUCCGACAUUAUUUCUUGUCGCUGCCACAAUGUACAGCGUUAGCGGACAAGAUUGCACAGUGCCGAGUUUUCCUGCCAACUUGCUAACGCCCUCAGUGGAAUGCUUGCCUCAGAGUUCUUUGAGCAUCGGCACCAUUUGUAUGUUUGUAUGUGAUGAGGGGUAUACAUUGAUUGGUAAUGAUACAGUCGAAUGUAUCGACUCUAUUCCGCCGGUGCUUCAGCUCCCUUCGUGUCAAGCUACUACAGAGGAACCAUCGACCAUUCUAUAUACUAUAACAGAAACAUCAACAACUCUGGUUACUACAACCUCAACGGAUCCAUCAACAAGUCUGGCUACUACAACGUCAACGGAUCCAUCAACAACUCUGGCUACUACAACGUCAACGGAUCCAUCAACAACUCUGGCUACUACAACGUCAACGGAUCCAUCAACAACUCUGGCUACUACAACGUCAACGGAUCCAUCAGCAACUCUGGCUACUACAACGUCAACGGAUCCAUCAACAACUCUGGCUACUACAACGUCAACGGAUCCAUCAACAACUCUGGCUACUACAACGUCACCAUCAAUAUCAACUUCUUCUACCAGUACGAAAGAUGUCGUGUGCACACUCCCGGAGACUUUCCCGUCAUUAUUAUCGUCUUCGUCCGCAGACUGUAUUGCUGGGAGUUCCAUCGACUAUGCUACCACCUGUAACUUAGAAUGUUCGAUGGGGUAUAUGUUGAUUGGCAAUCAGACUAUAACGUGCCAGAGUAAUGGAGCUCUAUCACACCCUCUGCCUUAUUGCGAUGCUGUUGAUACGUACAUUGUAGUCGCAACAUUUCUUAAUAAGACUUUCGUCAGUAGCCUGACAGAUAGAACAUCUCCCUAUUUCACUCAAAUCGUAGCAGAAUUGGUGAAUUAUAUACAAGUGCCUCUGAUGAAUCGCUUUACAGAGACAGUAUCGGUGACAGUCAACCGCCUCUUUGCAGGUAGCAUCAUUGCUGAGUUCUCUGUAGUCAUAGAUGUAGUCAACAGAAGUACCCUUCAAGAUAUGGAACGCUUAUCCAUAAUCCAUGCUACUUUGGUAGAUAUUGCUGAGGCGGACCCGACAUAUAUGGACCCAGACUCAAUUCGAACAUUUAGUACAGUGACCUGUCCAUCGGCAACCGUCGUGACAGCGUACGGAUCGAUAGCAAUGUUUGAGAGCGGCUACAUCAACGGUAGAGCUAACUCAACCAACGCCACCUGUCCAUACUAUACAAAGAGAGGAAAUCAGGCUGUAGAAGGUGUAUGUGAAGGGGAUUAUACCCGUGCAUGUAACUGGGUAAUACCAGAGAUGAACUGCGGAAGGAACUUGACUGCUGAAGAGAUUCUUGUGAUCCUGAAAAACGUAGUAAUCACUUCAGAUAACGCAGCACAAGUCGCUGAAGAGUUGGAAGACGUCACAAGCAGGGGCCAGAACAUCACCCUAGAGGGUAUCAAUGUAGUUGCAAAACUUCUAGAGGAUAUUACUGGAAUAAAUUCUACAGAAACACAGGUGACUGAAUCUAUUGUAGAAAUUGUAGAUAACAUCGCAGCCUUACCUGACGAACAGCUUGGUAUGGCCGAGGAAGAGAAUAGCUCGCCCAGCCGUGUUCUAUUGGCUCUCGAAGCACAGCUAGCUGUCGUAGAAGUUGGCACAAAUGGCAGUAGCCGGUUCGUAGAAGCCAACGUUGCCGCUGAGGUACUUGAUGUGAGCCCGGAUGAUAUAAGCCAGGGUUAUACUGUCUUCAUGGCUGUCACUGAUGACGAUGAGAGCAUCUCUGACCAAGGCUUCAACGUUGAAAGAGGUGACCGAACGGAAGAGCCAGAAGCCACCCAAGCACAGGCUACACUCUUUCUCCCAUCUGGUUUAGCGGACAAGUUCUCUGGACGCAGAGGGCGUCUCGUCAUCACGACGUAUCGCGUGCCAUCUCUGUUCCAGGACACGGGGAUUGCACAGUUGAACAAAGAUGAGGAAGAAUUCAACCGAACCUUGAAUUCGAGGAUCAUAUCUGCGUCUAUCAAUAACGAGAAGGUGGAGGAUUUGAGCGAACCAGUCAGGAUAUCGUUUACUCCUGUGAAUCCAAAUGGGACCAAUGCUUCGUGUGUAUCCUGGGACUUUGACGAAAAUGCCUGGUCUCAACGUGGAUGUGUCAAGACGAGUAAUGAGAGUAGUGACAUGAUUGAAUGCGAGUGUAAUCAUCUGACUAACUUCGGAAUUCUCAUGGAUUUCUAUGGAGGAGAAAAAUUAUCAGUUGAAGCAGAUUUCAUCCUUGAAAUCAUUAGCUAUGUUGGUUGCCUGAUAUCAAUAUGGGGUCUUGUCCUGACAAUCUUGACAUAUGGCACAAACAAGAAGCUUCGAGACCGGAAACCCAACCAGAUCCUCCUAUCCCUCUGCUGUGCUUUACUAGGACUCUAUGUGGUGUUUUUAGUGAUGAUAUCAGUGGACACUAAGCGAGAUGUGACUGAGCUCACCCCUCUCCCUUGCUCGAUCCUGGCUGCAUUCCUCCAUUAUUUCACCCUGGCAUCCAUUUUCUGGAUGGCCGUAGAGGGCUUCAACAUGCAUAGUCUCUUCGUACUGGUCCUCAAUUCCUAUUUGCCACAGUUUAUGAAGAAAGCUUCGUUGAUCGCUUGGGGUUGCCCUUUGUUAAUAGUCGGGAUUACUGCAGGUGCUUCGAGACAGUAUUACGCACAGACGGAUUUUUGCUUCCCUGCCUUCUGGCCUCUGGUUGGUGGUCUCCUGAUACCUAUUGGUGUCGUCAUGAUCUUCAACUUUGUCAUCUUUGUUCGGGUCAUCAUGCGACUGAACAAAACUAUGAAAGGAAGACACCUUGACUCGGCAGAUAAGCGCCAGCGGAUUCGACGUUUCCAGAACGCAGUUUGCAUCAUGAUUCUAAUGGGUCUCACGUGGUCUCUUGGUUAUCUCAGCAUCAUACAAUCGGCCAGUGCGGUUGUGCAAGGACUCUUCACCGUACUGAACUCUCUGCAGGGGUAUUUCAUCUUCAUGCUCUAUUGCAUCAGACAGCCUCAGGUGCGCAGAAUAUGGCGUUCCCAGUUCAAAUGCUGCUUACCUAAAUCUUUCACGACGCCCUCUGCGGGCAGUUCCGGUUCUGGACAACCCAGCUCCACGUUCAAGCUCAGCUCAGCAAUACGACCCUUGUCCAACUCGGACUCCAGCGGAUUCCGCCCAGAGACUUCCGCCUAGCUCCGCCGGAGAGACUUCCUAGAGCUUCGUAUGAUAAUGCUGGUGCAGAUUGGUGAAGAUACCAUGUAGAACUAAUAGAUUUUGAAUUUUUUGUUUAUUUAUUAAUUUAAUUGAAAUAUAUUUAAUCAGGAUUACAAGAAUCAGAUAUAUAUUGUAUAUACAAAAUCUGUUUAACGUCCUGGUCCUGAACAGAAUGAAAAUGUAAUACACGGAAAUAAAAAUAAGGAAUAUCACCAAAGCUCACUAGCAAAUGUAAAAACAGUAUAAAACUAACAUAUAAGAAUAAUAAGCCUUAGAAGUAGUAAACAAAAUUAAACGAUAGGGUUGUCGAAAUACACACAAAUGUGUUUUUGAUGCAUUUAUAGCAGUUUAUUCGGACCGCUCUAUGACUUCAUCGCGUCUUUCUAUUGUUACAGAUCUACAUGUAGAAGAUUGAAUUUCCGUUGGUUAUUAUUAUUCCAACUAUAGACGGUGGAAAUAUUACUUGAGAGUUUUAUGUAAUAGGAUUGUUUCCCUUUUUUAUGAUAUAUUACAUUGUGAUUAUUCAUAUGUUAUAAUUGAAAUGAAGUGACCUACACGUACGCCUGCAGCUUUUGACAUUAACAUAUGAUGCUCGAGCACAUCUUAAUGGAGUCAAGUGAACUUGUGCAAAACCAUCAAGCUCAAACAGAUAGUUCUGUGUCUCGUGUACAAGACGAAAGCAUAAUAAAUGAUAUUAUAUAUAUAUAUAUAUAUAUAUAUAUAUAGAUUGAAGAACUCAAAUGAAACUUUCACCAAUUAAUUCAACACAUAUUAUGAACGAAACGUUAUGAAUAUUAGAAAACCAUAUUUAUAUCUAUUGCAUGAUGCUGCUGCCAAUGUGCUCCAUAUUUUUAGAUAAGGAAAUACCUUUCCCCUUCCAUUAUUUAUCGAAUUAUUAUUUUCUUAUGCCAAUGAGAAUACAGAGGCGCAAUGGCUCCGUGGUAUCGGUGAGCAUCGGUCUCGUAACCUGAAGUCCCGGUUUCGAAACCAAGUCGAUGCGCUAGUGCUCUUUGGUAUAGGCACUAAUCCCCAUUACCAGGGCUUUCGGAGAUGACUUAAAGCUAUCGGUCCCCUGUGUGCUUAAUUACAAGCAUACAUAUGCUCUCUUAGUAGUCAGGUAUAACAAACAAACAAGAACAGCCUUUAUUGUCAAAUUGCAUUGGUGAUCCGACAUCAUUGUCUUAAAUGAGUUAACAAUAAAGAUACAGUUGGGGUACAGUCUUCCAUAAUUUGUGUUAUGAAUUCAAUUUGAGUAGGAAAUUGAUUGCAGGGAAAUUUCACCGGAGCACAUUUGUCGUGCAACAGUGGUUAAACAGAGAAUGCUGUGAUUUUCCUUUUUUCUUCCGUUCGGUUUGACUGUUGAUAUGAACUAACUAACGCUAAUAAACCAACUUAAAAACAA